AUGGCUGGGCUUUGGAUGUUGGAUGUUUUGUUGCUACGUCAUUUUUGGGGUGGCGAUGUGGUCUACUCCGUAGGUUAUUCAGUAUGGAGUAUGGAUGGAGUAAUGCAUAUGUUGAGGUUGGAGGGAACUUUUGGAUGGAUGGGGAAUUAUUAUAUGUGA